AUGUUCUGGCUCCUCCCUCCUCUAGUGCUCCUGGGAGCACUGGCAGUCCCAGAAGGGACAGCCAAGAUGUGUCCAGUCUGCCCUUUGCUGGGAAAGUGCACGGAGAAAACCUGUCCUCCGGCCCAGGACUCCUGCUUGCUUAGCCAGUUGCAGCUGGCAAAUGGGACUGUCAUCAAGAAUGGGUCCUGCGUGGCCCCUGGGGACUGCCAAAAAGAGGUCUACUCCUUGACCUAUGGUCCCGGCUUGAGUCUCUGGAUCCGCACAGCCUGUUGUGAAGACAACUGUAGCAGUGUUACCCCACAAGAAGCAAGACCCAAAGCCCAGCCCAACGGGGUGCAGUGUCACUACUGUUCCAGGAAUGAGUCGGCCCCAUGUGACUCCCUUUCGGUCAUGAACUGCACUGGAAACCAGACCGUGUGUUUCACCCUCAAUGGGACAUGGCAUGGAGGGACCCCCCAGAUCCUGAAAGGCUGUGCUAUACCGGAGAUCUGCCACCUGCAAGCGAACACCACCCUGGGCCCAGAAGCGUCUGGAUUUCAUCUCAUCACCAAGCCCGGAUGCAACAGUGUGACUCCCACCACCCAGCCAGGUCCCUACACGGCCCACACCAAGGCUAAGGUCACCAUGUGUUUCACCUGCUCAGACCUCCACCAUUGCAACCCUCUCCCUUGCACUGAACACAGGAACCACUGCCUUCAGACUGUGGGCAUCACAGUCCUAGGGGCAACUAACUCUGUCGCUUGGAGAAACGGCUCCUGCGUGGCCUCCAAGGAUUGCAUGCCUGACAACUCCAUCUCUGCCUUGACCUACAGCAUCGGUUUUGGCUUCUGGGUCAACACCACCUGUUGCCAAGGCAACUGCCAAGAGCCCAGUCCUCUCGCUGUCCUGCCAGCCUCAGGCACCCGGGGUAAGUUCCUGUGUCCCACAUGUCCUGGGGGCCACUCGGGGCCCUGCAGCCCCGCCUUCUACAUGCAGUGUCCCAGCAGGGAGACCGAGUGUAUCCACGUGAACCUGGUGUCCGAAGUAGGCGGCCGGAACCUGAGCGUGCGCGGCUGCGGCACCCGCGACCUGUGCCAGACAGAGGGUUUCCCGGCGCUCCCCGGCCACCGGCUGGCCGGCCCGCCCGUCUGCAACGCCCUCCAACGCGCCAUCCUGGACCCCAAGUGCCACUCGGGCGCGGCACUUGGCCUCCGCCUCGCCCUGCCGGUGCUGACCGUCGCGCUGGGCACCGCGACCCUCGCCUGA